AUCACAUAUUUUGAACGAAGCGCAAACCAAAAUCAUAUCUGAACAGCAGCACUUAUUUACAAAAAUUUUAACUGAUAUUAUAUUUGAUUUUAUUACUAAAACAAUUUCCAAGAUGAAUGUGAAUUUCCAGUUUAAGAAGGAUCAUUCAUUUGAAAAGCGUCGCGCAGAAGGCGACAAAAUACGCAGAAAGUAUCCUGAUCGCGUGCCUGUCAUCGUGGAAAAGGCACCAAAGACACGUCAUGCAGCUCUGGAUAAAAAGAAAUAUUUGGUUCCCAAUGAUCUGACAGUUGGUCAGUUCUACUUUCUUAUCCGUAAACGCAUUAAUCUCCGUCCGGACGACGCUCUGUUUUUCUUCGUUAACAGUGUCAUUCCUCCGACAUCGGCUUCAAUGGGCUUAUUGUACCAUGAGCACCGUGAUAAGGACUUUUUCUUGUACAUGGCUUACUCCGAUGAGAAUGUCUACGGGCAUGAACAAUAUGAUACAUAGUUUGUAAAUGCUGCAAAACUAUCUUCCGGUAUGGUUAACAAUUUCAAAUGUUAUCUAGUUUACAAAAAUUGCAGUCCUUCAAUAAAAUAGUUUUUGUUUAGAACAA